AUGAUUUUAAGACGGCUUUUGACUUCUGGUAUCACAACAUCACGCAGAUGUAUUAGCACGAAAAUCGAUCCAAAACAACUGAUUCAUGCCCAAGACCCAUAUCGAUUGCCAUUGGGACAUGCUAAGGUUAGUUUUAAUUUUUUUUUGCUUUGUUUCCGUUUUUAGGUCAUGGGUAAUAUAAAGUCGAUGUUUUGGCUUGAAGGAUCGACAUUAUACCUGGAUUUCUUGUUGUAUAAUUCAUCUUUAGAGUCUUCGUCAGCUUUUAAACGCAAUAUCAAGCCAAUAUGGAAUUAAUAACCUUCCAAAAUUUCAGCUCGCGUUAGCCACACUUGGUUCGUUGUACAUUGGCGGGAAGAUUGCUCAGCUCGGCGUGUAUUUGCUUGACGAAUACGAAAUCUUUGUUCACAACGACGAGGAUGAUGAUGAUUAG